AUGAAGAAUAAAGGAGCCAAGCAGAGGUCCAAAAAGAAAGGAAGUGAGAAUGCAUUCGGCUGUGACUUGACAGAACAUCUACAGAAUUCAGGACAAGACGGUAAACUUGUUUCUUUCAAUGUUUAUUAUGUUGCUUCCCUUUCCCGCUGCUUCCCUUUUCUAGCACAUUUCAGCACAUUUCAUCAUGUCCCAUAAUAAUGACCAGAGUUACACAGCAACAGAGCCUAAUUAUUGGCCCAUUAUUCAACAUGUACUAGAGUUAUUGAGGGGAUUGUCAAUAUGUUUACAGAUUUAUUAGACGUAGUAUUAACCAAAUAAACAACAAAUAAUCAUAAUAAUAGUUAUGAUAAUUACAAAAAUAUUAACACAGUGUGAUCAUUUAAAAAAAAUCUACCUACAUUGGGAAAAGUUGUUUUUAGACAAAACGGGUAACAAUUUAACAACUUAGUCUAGAUUUGUAUUUAUUUAGCUAUUACAAUGUUGAUGACUGUUUGCGACAGGAUGUGUAAUGGUGCAGUUGAAUUAUCUAUAUAUGUUCAGUAUGGAACACCUCUAAGGUUUUAGGAGAAUUCAGAAUUAGAUUAUUUAACCCCAUAUAUUUUGGGAAAAUAAUGUUAAACCUCUUUGCUUUGGAUGAUUUUGUAAACUUUGUGUGAAAUUGGUUAGGAAAGAUCCAUGCUGUUUUUAACAGUUGUACACUAGAUGAUGUAGUUUAUUCAGGUCUGUGACACAGAUGUAUAUUGCAAUAUGGACAUUAAUGUACAUCUGUUUUACAUUCCAUUAAGUCCUUUAGGCUCCCACAGAGUUUUAAAUAGGGGAUUUGUGAGUUAGGGUGUGGCUCAUAGUCUUUUUGUCAACUUCCCCUGCCCACCAAGAGGCCUGUGUCUGGCUCUCUGUCUGAGGAUUCUGGGUGGGCAACACUGCUCACAGGGGGGAGUAUCAGCCAACAGAUCAUAUUUUAGAAAACAAUUGAGGAUGGGUGUGUUUACCCAGUAUUUGAAUGGAGGUCAAAUUGUAAUAUGAAGUGAGGUAAUGUGAUGUGACUUGGAAACCUUUACCUUGAACAGAUUUAACCGAUUUAACAGAUGAACAGAUGUAACUGAUUUGAUACAGUAGAUCUUUGUUACACAAUACACAUUUUUCUCUGCUACAGGGGGAGAAAGUAUAAUUUACUGUAUAUGGUUAAUAUGAUGAUACUUUUAGUUUUUAUUUGUCAAAUGGCAUAUAUAAUUACGAGUGGCUUAUGAUAUCUGAUUUAGUUGACAUGGCACUUUGAGAUAUCAGCUGUUGUUGAGUUGGUAUUGAGGUGGCUGAAAUGUCACUAACUCUGGCUGACCCUAGACAGGGAAGAGAAAGGAUGUGUAUAAUUACUUCAUUUACACAGACAAUUUACCUACGAGGAUGUUAUUUGAUUUAACAAUCAACAGCAUCUUAUUCAAUAAGCCGUAUUCUUGGAUUCCUUUUGAAUCCGCAAGAAGAUUUCUAGGCAAGCAGGAGUUUUCGUUCUGAGCAAAUACUCAAAAGUCAUGGUGACUCAAAUCCCGUUCAGACCAGCCACCAUUUUGACCACAGGCAUGUCACUGAGAGUGUCUGUUCAGAUGUGUAGUCACUAAGCAAGUUUCAUGUGGGAGAACAGACUUUCAUUCAUACUGCCCUGGGUAACCUCUGGGCAGUACGUUUCAAAACUCCAAAGAUGGAAUGAAUUGUUUUCGUUUUGCUUGGCUAAUGUUCAGCUGCAUAUGAAUAAUAUAAUCAUGUCUGUGUGCUUAUUGAUUUAUUUUUCAGGUUUAGUUGUGUUGUUCAUGAGAUAUGUUAAGAGUCUGAAAACGAGGGAAACAAUCUGUAAACUGACAUUGAUCUAUGCCACUAUAAGUUGUUGUAUAACAUACAAUAGCUCUGCAUUCUCUGGGGACACGAGAGAUUGACCUCCAUGCUUGUCAUUGCGUGGCUAAAAUGUGAAAUGAUCCACAGUCACUGUGGCACUGGCCAGAUGGUUCCUUAUACCUUUGUAAAGAGUUCUGGGAAGUGCCUCAUCUAGUGUAUCUGUGAAGUGGAAAUGCCUGGUAGCAAAGUGGGAAGGUCUAUUUAGCUUAAAUUAGUUGAGCUUUGAGUCUCAAGUGCUUUACUUGAGGGAUAGAGGAGCUUACAGGAACAUUGCGCACUGUGUAUUUCUCUUCUAAGGUUCUUGCAUACAUUGGCUUGCUGAUUUCAGUCCAGAGUGGAACAACUUCAGCAAAAAUAAGUGAGCUAUAUCCUAUGGUUUUUAUUUUAGCAUAGCAAGGAGGGACACUAACUGAUGUAGUCUAUGCCAUACUGUGCAAAAGCGGAGCUAUACAUUUUUCAUUUCCAGUUGAAAUGUAUUAUAAAGAUGUUCUUUGAUUUACAAGUAUUCAUUAGUGUGGAAAGCAACCCUACACUCCUCUCGAAUACAGCAUCAUAGAUAACAUAUUUUAAAAAUAGAGACAUUACAGUUUGGAAAGCAAUAGAGAAUUGGGUGGUAACAUUUGAAAGGCCAUUUUCUAUUAGAGGAAGUGUCGCAAGUAUUACCAGCUGCAAGGAUUGGGUGUGUCAACCUUCCUCUGAAACAAACAAACCAUUUUUAACUUCCUGUGAAAUUCCACCUUCUUAACAAUCAGCAACCCUAUGGAAUACAAAGCCAAGCUACAGCGUAAAGUAUGUUUAGUGGGAUUUAAAAGAAGAAUAAGUACUAAUACAAUUUAUACUAAUGACAAUUGGUUUCUCCCGAACUAUCCUCCUCACGCUUCUCUGUCCUUUUCUGCCAUGGAAAAAAGGGUUGUCUCAAAGAAUGAGCCAAAGAUCCAGAUUCUGACUCUGUUUAUAGCACUUACAGCAUUAAACUGACCCUGUCCAGUUCAUAGAGGCACUCUCUGUCCUUCCUCUUUCUGCUUCAUGUCAGCAGUUGAAAUGGAAUGCCAGUAUUUUCCCAACUGCUAAAACCCAAGUUGCCACGUUUUCCAUCCACCUCCCUAGAUUGUAGACAUGGCAUUACAUUUAAAAAUAAUAUAAUGAAAGAUAUUCAGUUGAACAUAAUUUCUACUAAAACGAGAAUGUUGCCUCUUACAGAACACCUAAAGACACGUAACUUUGUAUAUUAUAAUUUCUCUCAUAAAUGACAGCUUAUUCAAAUACCUUCAUUACAACAUCAAUUACAGUUUAAUAUGACCACCCUAUUAUAUGCUGACCUUCACUUCUCAAGACUGGACCCCCAAAAUGUUUUUAUUUGGUUUGCCAUGUGUGUGUGUCUUUUCAUGUCGAAUCGAUGGUUGAAACAAUAUUUGUUUUUCUUCUUUUUGCAGUUCCUCAAGUUUUAAAGACGUGUGCAGAGUUCAUUGAGAAACAUGGCGUUGUUGAUGGGAUAUACAGACUCUCAGGGGUCACCUCCAAUAUCCAGCGACUCAGGUAACUAUUUUAACCACAUACUGUGCCUUCCAAAAGUAUUUUGACAGGGAAGUCAAAAUUGCAGUUUGGGCUCUAUACUAAGCAUGUUUGAGUAGUACGUUUAUAGAUUUAGGCCAUUAUGGACAUAUCAUGUUGUACAACUUUAGUUUAUUCAAUAUAAACCAUUAGCAGGCUACAUUUCAAUCUUACAAAACUGCCUACACAUACUAGAGGAGUGUGGAAGCAUCAUACACCUUCAGCUGUAUUGAUACCCAUGUGUUUGUGUGCUUACUUACAGACAGGAAUUUUGCGCUGAGUUGUGCCCUGACCUCACAAAGGAAAUGUACCUCCAGGAUAUCCACUGUGUGGGCUCCUUAUGCAAGCUGUACUUCAGGGAGCUACCCAAUCCUCUACUCACUUAUGAGCUUUACAAGAAAUUCACUGUGAGUACUGUUCAAAGAGGCAGGGUUUCUACCUAUCAAAAUCAAAUCCAAAUCAAAUGUUAUUGGUCACAUGCGCCGAAUACAACAGGUGUAGACUUUACAGUGAAAUGCUUAAUUAAGAGCCCAUUCCCAACAGUGCAGAGUUAAAAAGUAAGACAAAUAUUUGCUAAAGAAAAAAGAAAAUAGUAACACAAUAAAAACAAUAAUGAGGCUAUAUACAAGGAGCCCCAGUACAGAGUCAAUGUGCAGGGGUAAGGUAGUUGAGGUAAUUGAGGUAAUACAAUAUGUACUGUACAUGCAGGGGUACGAGGUAGUUGAGGUAAUAUGUAUAUGUAGGUAGGGGUAAAAGUGACUAGGUAAUCAGGAUAUAUAAUAAACAGAGUAGCAGCACCGUAUGUAAAGUGUGAAAGUGUGUCUAUGUGUGAGUGUGUGUGGCAUCAAUAUGCAUGUGUGUGUGUGUGUGUGUGUUGGAGUGUCAGUGUAGUAUGUGUGAGUGUGUGGGUAGAGUCUAGUGAGUGUGCAUAGAGCCAGUGCAAGGGAUUCAGUACAACACAUCUAUAAUGUAUCUGUAAUGUGCAAAACAUCUGUAAUGUAUCUGUAAUGUGCAAAACAUCUGUAAUGUAUCUGUAAUGUGCAAAACAUCUGUAAUGUAUAUGUACUGUGUCCACUUUGGUCACAACAAUCCCUGUUUGAUUUACAUGAGAAAUUAGUCAUUUAAUACGGUGGCGCAUUCAAAGAAAGAAUGAUGUGCAGCACUGAUAAUACUUGACUUCGUCUUCUACUGUGUAGGAAGCCGUCUCAGUCCAGGAGGAUCAUGAAAGACUACAGCGUAUCCAGGGCGUCAUCAAAGAGCUACCAAUCCCCCACUUUAGGUAAGACUCACUUCAGACCUUUGUUGCCCCUGUAAAGGACCUUUCCAAUGCUUAUAUGUGGUUAAUAAGCUAAAAGAAAGUGUGUGUCCUCUCUCUUCAGGACUCUGGAAUAUCUUACCAAGCAUUUGUCCCACCUGGCCACUUUAAGCCCCCAGACUAACAUGCACACCCGCAACCUGGCCUUGGUGUGGGCUCCAAAUCUGUUGCGGUGAGCUCUGCACAUAUUGUACAGAAACCUAUAUCACUUUAUCCAAGAACAUAGUAAAACAGUUAUGUGAUAACUACGUUUGGUUUGAGUUAUACUUUCUCUCUUGGCUUUGUGUUUUGUAGCUCUAAAGAUAUUGAAGUUGCAUCCUGCAAUGGGGACAUGGCUUUCCUGGAGGUGCGGGUACAGCAGUCAGUGGUUGAGUUCAUUUUAAAUCACACUGAGCAGAUCUUCAACCAUGCAGCUGCACCAAUAACACCUAAAGGUAUGCAUGUCACAAUGUUUGAAAGUGUCCAAUGUGUGCAUUUAGAGAUUUCAUGAAUGUUGCCCUCUUGCUUGUGUCAUUUCUGUGGCCAUUGGAUAACGGAUUUUAUUUAUUGUCAUGCCAAAAGUAAAAACCUACACAAUGUAUUAUUACAGGACCCAGUUUGAUGUGUGGGGAGAAGUAUGCUACUCUGCCUAUCAGUGGCCAGGGUGGGCCAAUGAAACUGAUGAGCCUGGAGGAGGCCCAGGCUCGCUCCCUGAGCCCUAACCACCCAGCACGGAAAGAGCGACAACGGGAGAACAGUCUUCCAGAUACCAGCACUGCAACACUGUACCAUACUGUCAUAGACAUAUCGGAUAGCAAGUGAGAUGGAUGAGGAUUCAACUGACUGAUUUAUUUAGUAUACUCAACAAACAUGCUUAAUUCACAAAUCCUCUGGGCUGUCAGGCACCUGGAUACAUUUGGCAGUGAAAACAUGAAUAAAAAAAUACCUGAUCAAACAUACUGUAGUAUACAAUAACCCAUACACUGUACAGAGUAUGCAGUACAGUGCCUGGCAAAUCCCUAUUGUUAGUGCAUUGUUUUGCUGUACAUGCUGCUUUUAAAACCAAACAGGCCAUAUUGUUCACAAGUGUUUCUCCUUUUCUGUCAGAAGAAAGUUUUCUGGGAAAUCCAAAAAGUGGAAGUCCAUCUUCAACUUGGGCAAGUCUGUGACAGACUCUAAGGGGAAACUGAGCCGGAAUGGGAGCGUGUUCAUGAGAACACAGAACAUCACAGGUAAAUGCGCUUUAACAAUUUACUGCAGUAGGCUAAAUCAGGUUGGUUCUUGGUAGUCUUAAACAAGUCUACAGGUAGGUCAAAGUUUAAUUCAUGGAAUAGGGGUGUGGUAUAUUGUACAGUAUAUCUUAAAUGUAUGCCUACAUUCAGAUAUGGAUCUCUCUGUUAAAUAUGACUUACCCUUCCAUUUCUUGACCAGUUGUCUGGGACAGGGAUGUUAUUUCGAUGUGCCAAUUCGUAGGCAAGUUCUCUGCAUUUGAGGCUACUAAGCCCAUGAAACUGGUCCUCGAGAUUCUUGAUAUGUUUAGCAAGCUCAGACUCCAUGUCAUCAGAUAAGAUCUUGUGUUCCUCUGCUACUCUAUCAUAGCCUCUCUUUCGCACAGGUACAGUACAUGUUUGUUUUUCUUUUUUGUCAAUGUACCUCUUCAAUGUCAUUCAGUCUAUUUUUUCGUCCCUUGCUUCUGCUCAAAUGGACUUCUUCCCUUCUCUCAUUUCCUUGGCUGCUCUCUCAAGAACCUCAAGGGGGGCUAGACCUCUGCUUGUUUUACAUUUGUAUACACAGGGCAUGAUGAUGUCUGCACUAUCUUGAGUUCAUAUGCAUGAUACAUUGCAAAAAUACUUUGCAUAUUAUACAUACAACGGACAAAAUGUAAUCAUUUGUAUGGGGUAUGGUGGCCAUUGGCUCAACUUACCCCAUGCUACAAGGAUGCAUUUUCACGAUAGGUUUAGGACCUCAUAUUGUAGCUUAUAGAGACCCCAACUGAUGUACAAAACAAUCUUACAGCUAUCUACUUUGGUUUAGAUACAAGCAUCAUGAAACCUAUAACCAAUAAAUGUAUUAAACUUUGUGAAAAUCUGUUUUUGGGACCUAACUUGCUUACCACUUUUUCCAUGUGGUUUCUUCCUUCACAGACUCCAUGAAAUGAUGGCCUCUUCCUAAAUAUUUGGUCACAUGAUGGAUCUUAUGUAUGGUUUCGUAGAAACAAGGGGUGGCUUAACUAAACCUUUGGCUCAACUUACCCCACUCUCCCCUACAUAUUUUAUUUCAACCUUGAUAUAGUGAAUGAUCAAAUGAAAAUGAAUAUCACAGAAAUGAACAUUCUACUUGAAAUAAUUGAUAUUAACAGAACAGGGCUGUGCAUAUUUUGAGCAGGUUCUCAAAAUGAAGGGGAUAAAAUACUCAAAAUUCAUGUCUCGAAAUUCAUAACAUAGCCUACUAACUGCCUCUGUAGCGAUUUUGUACUUUUUUGUUGUUGUUGCAUAGGCCUAUUUAUUUCUGCAACAACACUCAUCAUCACAAAUUGUAAGCAAGCUAGUUAAAGUGCCUCCUAAAGGCAUGACUGACAUCAGGUAAAGAGGUUGGGCUAUCAGCUGAUCAUUGAUGAUUCAUGUAAAUCUGCUUUUUAGCUAGCUCCAUAUUUAAUUUUUUACUGAUUUUGAUUUGUCUUCAAUGCUCUUAAAUAAUAACUUCAUAAUUUAAUAUUCAGAAUCUUUUAACUCAUGAUAUACAGCAUGGCUGGCUAGUGGCUUGUGUGUAUAUUUUAGUAUAUGGUGGUUAGCAAGAGUCCAGACUACCUGUGUUGCUGCUGCCUCUUAUCCAGAGCGACUUACAGUUAGUGAGUGCAUACAUUAUAUAUAUAUAUUUUUUCAUACUGGCCCCCCGUGGGAAUCGAACCCACAACCCUGGCGUUGCAAACGCCAUGCCCCACCAACUGAGCUACAUCCCUGCCGGCCAUUCCCUCCCCUACCCUGGACGAUGCUGGGCCAAUUGUGCACCGCCUCAUGGGGUCUCCCGGUCGCGGCCGGCUACGACAGAGCCUGGAUACGAACCAGGAUCUCUAGUGGCACAGCUAGCACUGCGAUGCAGUGCCUUAGACCACUGCGCCACUCGGGAGUUAUGCUGCAGCCACUGUGGCAGUACUGUUGACAUUUAAACUAGGUAGCUUGCUACCAGUGGAGGCUGCUGAGGGGAGGACGGCUCUUAAUAAUGGCUGGAAUUGAGUGAAUGGAAUGGCAUCAAACCAUGUGUUUGAUGUAUUUAAUACCAUUCCACUGAUUCUGCUCCAGCCAUUACCACGAGCCCAUCCUCCCCAAUUAAGGUGCCACCAACCUCCUGUGCUUGCUACACACACUCGACAGGUGACCGCAUCUUAAGCCAUGCAGGUUUGGAUACCGGGCGCGCACAAUCUCAUACAGGCCAGACUAGGGAACAGGCGCAACCGGCGUACAGGGCAGACCAACAGGCACAACCAACCAAUGAACGGGGUGGGGGUUGGCGAACUUGAGACGUCACGACGAUUUGCGGGCAGUGGGUUCAGAACAAUAACAACAAAAACUGUAUACAAAAAAAUAUAUAAUUAUAACACUACGAGUGGGAGGGCAAAGGGGCAGGUGCUCAGGCACAAGUAAUCCCCUAUCUGUGUACGUGCCUGAUACAGAAUAAAAUAACAUCGGGUAAAUCCAUUUGAAUUCAAUCACUUUUUGACAGCACCCCUUUUUGAUUUGAACAAAACCUUCGAUACUAUUUGUCAUUGUAGAAGGGCUCAGAAAGGGACCUGAAUACCAAAACAUUCAAGAGAUAAAGGUGCUCAAAGUUGACCUAUUUUGUAAACCCCACCAUACCAUGAGACCUCCAUGUCUUCAUCACUGGAAAAGAUAAACGGUUGAGAUUGAUAUGAUUUAAAAGCAUACACACAGGGUUGUCAAACUAUUUUAUAAUUUCUUGAGAAAAAUGCUUUUAAAUAAAUAUUGUCAUUUUUUUUACUUUAAACAUCAAUUCAUCUAAAAAAUCUUUCAUAUUUGCACAUAUUGUAGCUUAGACCCUAUUUUACAUCAUCUGACUUUUUUAUGUUGUGCCUGCCAUUGGUUGAGACACAACAUGCUCUUGAUUACAGGGUGAGUGUCAUGUUUUGGCAGAUAAAUGUACUAAAAUUGAAAAUUCUACUUUCAAAUAGUACCACAAAGAUGGUCAGAGAAUGUUGACUUGAAUGGGAAUAUUUGUUGUUUUAAAUUAUACUGUCAAUCCUCCAUAUGAAACCUAUUGAAAUCAUAGAAAUAUAGAUCAUAGAAUAGACCUUACCAUUUCAGUUGACAUUCGACAAUGGGUGGACAGGCAGCCAUCUUUGUGGUAGUAAUUAGAAGUUAACAUUUCAAUUAAAUUUAAAUGUCAAUUGUGUACCAGCUAAAUUGCAGAGGUCUGAAGGGAUAGGUCCAUUCUAUUAAUUAUAUUUCUAUGAUUGAAAUGACACCCCACCCUGUAUUCAAGAGCAUGUUGUGUCUCAACCGAUCAAGGACACAACACAAAUACCUUAUAUUAUGGAAAGUAGGGCCUAAGCUACAACAUAUGUGAAUAUGGAAGAAAAAAAAUUAAGUGAUGAAGACAUGGAUGUCUCAUGGUAUGGUGGGGCAGGGGCGCAACAUUCACUAGGGAUUGCAUUUUUGCCCCCCCCCCCCCCCCCCCAGUUUUAUCAUUGCACUGUGAUACAAAACGCUGCACCGGUGUGCUUUAGGACCAUGCGGACGCCUCAGAGCGGUCUGGUAGUCUGUUUUCCGGUUUCAGCCAGCUGGAUUUAGGACCACACGGACACCACAGAGCAGAGCAUGAGGACAGGCAUAGCUUCUGAAAGGCUGCCGUAUAGGACCAGCACAGGAGAGAUGAACAGAGGCAGCUGCUGUCUGUGUCCUGCUUUCGUUUUACAAGCAAGCAGAGCAGAAACUGGCUACUCUUUAGUUGACUGAUCUAGCUGGCAAGGUAACUGCUGUUUGACAGAGAAAAAGUAUUUAUUCCCAGUGCUGAGCUAGUAGUGUAACUGACAUGUUACGUUAGCUAAUGUUUCACACUGACACGGUAUAAACAGCUCUACAGUCUUCACUGUCAUGGUGCACAGUCAGUACACAACACUAUGCUCAUCAUGUCUUAGCAGGAUCAGAUGGUGACAGGUGUCCCUGAAGGGUCACACAGGCAGUGAAGACCAGUCUAUGGAGCUCAUGUGAAUUUUGCAGUAUAUUAUAACAAUCAGUAAAUGGAUACAAAGUUCCACCUUAAGUUGAUGGGUAGGCUACAGUCUGGGAUCUGGGAAUAAUGGUCAUUUCAAUUAUUUAACCAUUGAUUCUAUUCAUGGAUAAUGUAAUGUAUAAAUGUACACCAAGGUAAUUAUUCUGAGCAGGAUCAGAUGGUGACAGGGGUCUCAGCAGGGUCAGGCAGCCAGGGAAGACCAGUCUGUGACGGUGCAGAGGUGAACUUUUGCAGAUGCAACACUUUAUUCUCUCAGUUCAGCAAACACUGGACAAGCAAGAAGCUUCAAAGAUUGAAACUAUUAAGUUGAUUUCCAAAUUGUAUCAAGGGUUGAUAGAGGCUUUUCCCGAUGACACAAAACAUGUAAAACUAAAAUGUGAGGAAGACCUGGGAGACACUGAAUGGAUGAAUGGAUACAGAUAUGUUAGAAUGCCCAGUCAUGUUCAUAUAAUCUCAGACAUAAAUCACUGCAGUUUAAGACCAUCCAUAGAACAUAGCAUAUGCCAAUGAAACUGAAUAUCAUGCACUCAGAAAUGUAAUUCUAAUGUUUGAGGUGUAAACCACAAAAGGGGACAUACAGUACCAGUCAAAAGUUUGGACACACCUACUCAUUCCAGGGUUUUUCUUUAUUUUUACUAUUUUCUACAUUGUAGAAUAUAGUGAAGACAUCAAAACUAUGAAAUAACACAUAACACAAAAAAGUGUUAAACAAAUCAAAAUAUAUUUUAGAUUUUAGAUUCUUCAAAGUAGCCCCCCUUUGCCUUGAUGACAGCUUUGCACACUCUUGGCAUUCUCUCAACCAGCUUCACCUGGUUGAGUUCCCACAUAUGCUGAGCACUUGUUGGCUGCUUUUCCUUCACUCUGCGGUCCAACUCAUCCCAAACCAUCUCAAUUGGGUUGAGGUCGGGUGAUUGUGGAGGCCAGGUCAUCUGAUGCAGCACUCCAUUACUCUCCUUCUUGGUCAAAUAGCUCUUACACAGCCUGGAGGUGUGUUGGGUCAUUGUCCUGAUGAAAAACAAGUGAUAGUCCCACUAAGCGCAAACCAGAUGGGAUGGCGUAUCGCUGCAGAAUGCUGUGGUAGCCAUGCUGGUUAAAUGUGCCUUGAAUUCUAAAUAAAUCACUGACAGUGUCACCAGCAAAGCACCAUCACACCUCCUCCUCCAUGCUUCACGGUGGGAACUACACAUGCGGAGAUCAUCCGUUCACCUACUCUGCGUCUCACAAAGACACGGCGGUUGGAACCAGAAAUCUCAAAUUUGGACUCAUCAGACCAAAGGACAGAUUUCCACCGGUCUAAUGUCCAUUGCUCGUGUUUCUUGGCCCAAGCAAGUCUCUUCUUAUUAUUGGUGUCCUUUAUAUUUACAUUUUAGUCAUUUAGUAGACGCUCUUAUCCAGAGCGACUUACAUAUAUAUAUUUUUUCAUACUUUAGUAGUGGUUUCUUUGCAGCAAUUCGACCAUGAAGUCCUGAUUCACGCAGUCUCCUCUGAACAGUUGAUGUUGAGAUGUGUUACUUGAACUCUCUGAAGCAUUUAUUUGGGCUGCAAUUUCUGAGGCUGGUAUUCUAAUGAACUUAUCCUCUGCAGCAGAGGUAACUCUGGGACUUCCUUUCCUGUGGCGGUCCUCAUGAGAGCCAGUUUCAUCAUAGCGCUUUUUUUUGCGACUGCACUUGAAGAAACUUUCAAAGUUCUUGACAUUUUCCGUACUGACUGACCUUCAUGUCUCAAAGUAAUGAUGGACUGUCGUUUCUCUUUGCUUAUUUGAGCAGUUCUUGCCAUAAUAUGGACUUGGUCUUUUACCAAAAAGGGCUAUCUUCUGUAUACCACCCCUACCUUGUCACAAGACAACUGAUUGGUUCAAAUGCAUUCAGAAGGAAAGAAAUUCCACAAAUUAACUUUUAACAAGGCACACCUGUUAAUUGAAAUGCAUUCCAGGUGACUACCUCAUGAAGCUGGUUGAGAGAAUGCCAAGAGUGUGCAAAGCUGUCAUCAAGGCAAAGGGUGGCUACUUUGAAGAAUCUCAAAUAUAAAAUCUAUUUUGAUUAGUUUAACACUUUUUUGGUUACUACAUGAUUCCAUAGGUGUUAUUUCAUAGUUUUGAUGUCUUCACUAUUAUUCUACAAUGUAGAAAAUAGUAAAAAUAAAGAAAAACCCUGGAAUGAGUAGGUGUGUCCAACUUUUGACUGGUACUGUAUUUGCACAUGUUAUGAUCUUGUGAAGGCUGGCUGAAUUCUGGCAAAGAGUAUGUUCUUUUAUCUCACCAUGUCUACAUAUUCUCCCUUCUCCCUGUUUUUGUUUGCUUGGAAAUGUUGAUACUGGAGACUGUUUUCAGGAGAAACUGUGUAACCUACCAUUUAUAGCGGCUAAGAAAUGCAUUCCCAUUAAUUGGAAGGUUGGUUAUCCUCCCACAAUGGAUGGAAGAAAUGUUGAGUUAUGUAUCAUUAGAUUUUAUUUAUUACAAGAUUAAGGGUAGGUAUACUGUGCAACUUUCAUAACGUCUGGAUGCCUUAUAUGGAAUACUGUACGACAAAAGGAGUCUAAAUUGAAAACAUGCCCAUGUCAGGGGAGAUACCUAUUUAGGCAAUCCUUAGCUGCUGGGCUGCUCAGUCCUGGCCCUGGGGGUCUGCCGUACUGUUGGUUGUCACUCUGGCCAAGAUCCUAAAGCUGAAUGGGGUGUGUUGGGUUGCUGCAGGGUCGUGUACCGCUAGGGUCAGGACGGGGUGACCCAGCUAUAUUGUGUGCAAGUAAAAAUAGCUCUACAGUACUUUUAGGCCUAUGAUAUGAAUUAUAUGGAGGGUGUACUGUUUCUGUGUGUUAAUGUGUAGGUGUAUGUGUUGUUUUAUCAAACUUUUGUUUUCCAAACCUUUCCCUUGAGACAUAAAAAAAGAUGGGAAGGAAGCUGUGUUGGGGAGAGAGUUGAGUUAUUGACUAGACUGGUGGGGGUCUGUCGUGCAGGUGGCUCAGGGCAGCUGGGCGGUCUGGCUGAAAUUUGAUAGAGGAUGUCUUAAUAAAGGCAAUCAAAAGUAUUUGUAAUUUAUUUGUAAGAGUUGUUCAUUUGUUAGGCUAUUGGUUAAAGGUGCAACACAAUAUUGAUUAUUAGUUCAGUCUUAUCAAUCACUUAAACAUAUUUGAUAAUGAUCUCUUACCUAGCUUGAUGACUGUGGGCAUUUGUUUUUUCUAAAUAGAGACGUCUAGAAGGGUCAUGGGUCAUAUUAGAUUUAGUAGAAAUGCAGGAAAUGAGCUUUAGAUGCCCCAAAUAAUGGGAGGACCCCCAGACCCCCCGUGGGGUGGGGUAUGCAAAGUGGGUUAACUUUGAGCACCUCUAUCUCCUAAAUGCUUUGGCAUUCAGAUCCAAAAAGUCACUUUAUGACCACUUCUUCCAUGGGCAAACAUGUCUGGAAAGUUUUGUUUCAAUCAAAAGGGAUGCUGUCAAUUUUUUUAUUUAUUCAAAUGGAUUUACCCCAUGACUGCAUUCUUCAUUCACAGAAAAGGCAGCUAUCCGACCAGCUAGAAGCAUGGACUCUUUGUGCUCUCUGCCAACAGGUGGGGCUGAAUGCACUACAUUGCAUACAAAAUACUUUCGUCAUCGUGAAAUCUACUCACAGCAGUUCUCUCUUUUAAACAAUUCUUCAUUGUAGCAUUUGCUCUGUAAAUAAGGCUGAGAAGAUGUGUAUCUAACAAUUAGUUUCACAUUUUAUUUCCAACACACAGAUGAUGACAAGGCAGGAAAUUUCAACUCAGCAGGCGAGGCCAACGGUUUCUUUGCACCAGGCAUAAAAUCCAGAACACUUGGAUCUGACUCGCUUUAUGACCUCAGUGAACACCAGAGGUGGGAGUUUGAGAUGAAGAAAUCGAGUGAGGCCACAGGUUGCAGCAGCCCUAAAAUGAAGAGAAGGGGCUCUCCAAGCGUCUCACCACCACAACAGAAGGCUCUACCUGAACAACUGAAGGUUUUCAAAGGCGAUGACCUCAGCAGCUGCCAGCCCACCUCUCCUAAGAACAGGAGGAUGCUGUAUUCUGGCUCCACCCACAGCAGCACAUCCAGGCCCUCCUUCCCAGGAAGCCUCUUCCCAGAGUCCUCCCCUAGGCAUCAGCGCAAGGCUCUCAACAUAUCAGAGCCCUUUGCUGUGUCCGUGCCCCUGAGAGUGUCUGCAGUCAUCAGCUCCAACAGCACCCCCUGCAGGGCAACAGGGAAAGAGAGGCCUGCUGCAGCUGCCCUGAAACCCAGCAGAGAGACCUCCCAGUCAGAGCAGAGUGAUAGCAGUGGCGGCUCAAGUUACAGAGAGCACCCCCUUGUAGAGAGCAGAAUUGGGAGUGAGAGCAGUAUCUACAGUAACAGCAGCUCAACCCCUCUGGAAAAGGAGGCGAGACCAGUAGAGGAGAGGAGCAGAGAGGAGGCAGCUUCCAAAAGGGUGCCAGAAGGUAGGACAUUUUCACCUGAUAACAUAGAAAAAAGCCUGUGAGUCUGUGUGUGUGCAUGCACUCAGAUUGAAAACCUUCCUCAUUAUCCAUGGUAACAAUGUCUAUUAAUAAAAUAAUUACAUAUCUAUUUAUGUUAUUAGUUUCCGGAAGUGAAGGAGAGGUGAAAGAGGUUCAAGGGAAGGUGGAAGUAUCUGACCUGAGACAGUCUUCCACUCCCAACACAAGAGAGGAAGAUAAAGAGAAACAGCAAUCUCCUGGGAAUCAACUGGACAACCAGCCAGCACCACAGCAUGAGCCAAAAGAACUGACACAACUGGUAUGUUUAAUCUCCAGUUUAGCUCUGAGCUUCAUCACAUAUAAUAUACCAAGAAUAAUACAAUGACAAUGGCUGUCGCUUUAUUAGGGCGUUUGUGAUUAAUGUUUUGCAGGAUAUGGGAUCUGUACCUAUCAAGGAAGAACUAUGGUGUGAACUCCAUCUUGAGCUGAAAAUCACUGAGCCUGAGCUUGACAUUAUGGAAGAGGAGUUUAUGCCUGUUUUUUGUUCCACCAAGAACACUCGUGAGGAUAUUAAGGCAAAAAGAAGAAGCAGCCUUCCAACUCACUCGUUAUUGUAUAAGGGACAGCCUUUGAUGCCCGCCAAGCCUGCAUUGACUGAUCAGAGUGCUUCUACUGUAGCACAUUCAGCAGGAAAGAACUCCUCAGACACACUAUUUCCAUUUGACAAAACAUUCAAUUUCAUGGUUGGCACAGAUAUGAAAAAUACACCUCUACAUGCUGCUGAUUCAACAGAUAUAACAGAAAACAAACCACACAUUUCCCCCAAAUCUAAGCUCACAGAAACAGAUAAACCCAUCAGCAUCAAGCCACGACUUGUGGUUCCUCACCUUGCAGAGCCAAGUUUACAUUUUACUCAACAAAGCCAGGUCAUAAAACAUUUGCAGCCAGGGGAUGACAUAACAGACAUAGGCAUGUCUGUAGCAGAGAAAGGAAAAGAGCCAUCGUGGAAAAGUAAAAGUCAAGAUGGGGUCAAAGGGUUUUCCCAUGAUGAUGGAAAGAAUGCUUUGUCAGUUGUCAUGGGAGGCAUUGAGAGGCUUUCAAUAUGUUUGGAGGAAAGGCCCCACACCUUGGGGCUACCACACCAAGACGAUGAGGAUGGAUGUGGAGGACACUCUGAAUUGGAGGACCUGGAGGAGGAACCUUGGGAGGAGGUCUUAAGCUCCACCAAACAGUGGGUAACCAGUCCUCUUCAUUCACCCACAUUUACAGAUUUGUUUGUAAAACUAGAUGUGUCAUCAUCUUGUUCUGUGGGAGAAGGUUUGAGCUACAAAGAUCUCAACGUUCCUCCUCAAUCUAGAGACGACAAACCAACAAAUGGAUCAUGUCCCGUUAGGAGCAUAGAAGUGUUCCCAGAAAAUAGCUCUCUAGCAUGCAGCGGCAAAACAGAGACCAAAAUCACACAUAUACUUCCCUUACCCUCCAAAACCACCCUGGUCAGUGAUGACCCAACGCGACCACACAGAGGGACCAGCUGCACAGCUGCACAGCAAAACACCACCUCCUCCCAGAGAUUUCACAGACAGACAUCUUAUGAAGCAUCUUAUUCAGAAAAAACUGGGCAGAACAGCUUUUCCAAACACAGGCCCUACUCACUCAAUUGGGAUUUAGGACUUCGAUGCAUCAGAGACAUUUCCAAUCAGCAAAACCUUGAAUCAGCUGAGUUGUCCUCCAUUCAGAGAGGGGCAGUGACCCCGUCUGGGACCAAAUCCAACGGCCUGUCAAAGGAACUGGAACUGUUCCUGAGCGAUCGUCAGGCCCCUGUGCGCCGGAACUCCGCCCCUGUCAGUGUGUCGUCUGUCAGGACGGCCUUCAUGAUAAAGACUUGCCAGGCCAAAGCAGUGCCUGUCAUCCCCCCAAAGGUGCAGUACAGCCACAUACCUCAUCCCACGCACAAUAAGGGCUCUGUUGCAGGAAAGGAACCAGAGAAAGAACUCACAAAAACCAGGGGAGAGAAACUAGAUACUGUACCUCUUCUUGCGUCUAUCAGGGAUCUUAAGGAGGAGUUGGAGAAUAAGGAGCCAACCCCCAAAUCCCAAAUAAGGCAGGCUAUUGCAGAGAAAUCUACAGAGACCAAUAAAACCACACCUAUUUCAGACCCACCGGUGCUGAGGAGGAAACACUCCUCCAAUGCAGAGGCCUUUGCUGAUUGUCCAAGACCUGAACGGUCUACUGUUCUACAAAGACCAUCCUUUAGGAACCGCCAGAGACCACAGAGCCUCAUCUUGUUCAGUCCACCCUUCCCCAUCAUGGAUUACCCACCGCUAGGGGAUGAUGGCAAGCUCCUCCUCUCGCCCAUCAGAAGUCCAACUGAAACAUCAGCACUCGAUGUAUUUUCUAAAGAGAUGGCAGAGAAUCUCAGGACCCCAGAGGGGGUGACCCUGCGGAACAAAAUGACAAUACCCAAGAGUGGACAGAGGCUAGAGACCUCAACCAGCUGCUUUUAUCAGCCACAGAGGCGGUCCAUGAUAUUUGACAACAGGAGCCACAGGCAGAUUGAAUGA